AUAAAAGUAAUAACCAAACAGUAUUUUGAAAUCCCAAGCAUACCUAUCAUUAUCGGGCUUAAUCGCUGAUGAAAACACAAUCAGUCAUGUAAUGAUAAACCUCGACGGAGGACUUCUUUAGAAAAGCAAUGAGCUUGUGCUGCCAGCUGGAUACAUUUAAAACACAAUUCCAUAACGGUCACAUCUGAAAUAGCACAAAAGAAGCCUGCCGAUUUACACAUCUACUGCCAUCUGACUGACACUUGAGGUGAAUGCGGACAGGACAUUACAUCGAGCCGACGAGUUUGUCUUUGUCUCUAAUGGUUUAUUCCCUUGUUUCCCUCCCGUACACGCAUAGCUCCUGCCCCCCUGAUGACUCAAGCGCCCGGAUGAACACUAGCAACAGUCAGCCAGUCAGGACAAACAUGGUCGCCGGAGCUGAAUGAGCGUUUAGGAAUCUCAGCGCUGAAUAUUCGCUUAAAGAAACGAGGACUUUUUGACUCAACGCCUGAAGCACGUAAAGUCUCCACGGAGGACUGGAUUCUCAUCUUGCUGAAGGCUUCUCUGUGAACAGGACACUAAGAGGGCCAAACAAUGGAAUGCUCUCUCCUGCCUACACUGCUCAGCACUCCAGAGACUGAGGUUAAACAGCUUAGUUAGCAGUGUGCCUCUCCCCCAAGAACUCUUUUAGCCUGGGGAAGUUGGGAGAAAAAAAAAACAAGCAAAGGAAAAUUUCCUGCAUAGUACAGCACCUUACUUCGGUUCUUUGUAGUUUGUUUGGGAUUCAUUUGGAAGCUUUGCGUGAAGAAACGGCAAGAUGGAUUUGGAACCGUACCUAUGGAUGGUCGUGAUCGGCUUCAUUAUAGCUUUCAUCCUGGCAUUUUCGGUUGGGGCCAAUGAUGUGGCAAACUCUUUUGGCACGGCGGUCGGGUCAGGAGUGGUGACACUGCGCCAGGCCUGUAUCCUGGCUUCCAUAUUUGAGACCCUGGGUUCCAUCCUUCUCGGUGCCAAGGUCGGGGAAACCAUACGGACGGGAAUUAUAGAUGUCCAUCUGUACAAUGAAACAGUGCCUGUGCUGAUGGCAGGAGAGGUCAGCGCCAUGGUUGGGUCUGCGGUUUGGCAGCUCAUUGCCUCUUUUCUGAGGUUACCCAUUUCUGGAACUCAUUGCAUUGUGGGAUCUACGAUUGGCUUUUCCAUGGUUGCUAUUGGCACUAAGGGAGUGCAGUGGAUGCAGUUGGUCAAAAUUGUUGCCUCGUGGUUCAUCUCCCCUCUGCUGUCUGGUCUCAUGUCUGGUCUGCUGUUCUUCUUCAUCAGAUAUUUUAUUCUUAACAAGGAUGACCCUGUUCCCAAUGGUCUCCGUGCUUUGCCCCUCUUCUAUGCCUCAACCAUUGGAAUCAACACCUUCUCCAUCAUGUUCACGGGAGCUCCAUUACUGGGCUUGGAGAUGCUCCCUAUCUGGGCCAUUGCCCUCAUUACCUUGGCUGGUGCACUGGUAUGUGCCGGUCUGGUCUGGAUUUUUGUUUGCCCCUGGAUGAGAAGGAAAAUAGCAAGUCAGCUGAAGAAAGAGCAUGCUCUGUCCCGCAUCUCAGAUGAGAGUUUAGAUAAAAUCCCUGAGGAGGAAGAGGAAGCCCCUGUGUUUAAAGAGCUUCCAGGUGCGAAAAGCAUUAAUGAUGCUGUGCUGCCCCUGACAGAGGAGUCCACAGGAGAGCUCAACAGUCUGGCUAAUGGAGGCACUGUCCUGCCCAACGGCAGGGUGUAUGGUCGCACCAACUCCAUGACCAAUGGCUGCCUCAAGUCGCCUGUGUCUAAUGGGGGCUUCAGCUUUGACGGGCAUAUGCGCAGUAAUGGUCAGGUCUACCACACUGUUCACAAGGACUCGGGUCUCUACAAAGACCUCCUACACAAGAUCCACUUGGGCCGACUGGAGGACGAGCGCAGUGCCUCGCGUCAGGACAACAACUACCGGCACCUCCGUCGCAACAACAGCUACACGUGCUACACAGCAGCCAUCUGUGGCAUUCCAGUCCAGCCCGUGAUGCGUUCGGAGUCCAGCGCCCCUCCGCCAGAGGACAGCGAGAAGCUAGUGGGCGACAGUGUGUUUUAUUCGAAGAAGCGGCUGCGCUACGACAGCUACUCCAGCUACUGUAACGCAGUGGCAGAGGCAGAGAUCGAGGCAGAGGAAGGUGAUGUGGAUGUGAAGUUGGCGACAGAUAAAAUGGACCCCUUGGCCCCUGCAGAGGGUGUGCUGGAGGACUGCCCUGAUGAAGAUAAGGAGGAGAAGGACAAGCCUCAAGUCUUCCAGCUCUUCCACUUCCUGCAGAUCCUCACCGCAUGUUUCGGAUCAUUCGCACAUGGUGGGAAUGAUGUCAGUAAUGCCAUUGGUCCUUUGGUGGCCCUGUGGAUGAUCUACGAGCAGGGUGGGGUGAUGAUGGACGCAGCCACACCGGUCUGGCUGCUGUUCUAUGGUGGAGUGGGUAUCUGCACUGGAUUAUGGGUUUGGGGACGACGUGUCAUUCAGACAAUGGGCAAAGACCUCACUCCUAUCACUCCCUCCAGUGGAUUUUGCAUUGAAGUAAUGAGUGCUCUAAGUGUGCUUAUUGCCUCAAAUGUGGGCAUUCCUAUAAGCUCCACCCACUGCAAGGUGGGCUCAGUGGUGGCAGUUGGCUGGAUCCGCUCCAAGAAGGCUGUAGACUGGCGGCUCUUCCGGAACAUCUUCCUGGCCUGGUUCGUCACUGUCCCUGUAGCAGGCCUCUUUAGCGCCGCUGUUAUGGCCCUGUUUGUCUACGGCAUACUGCCUUACGUUUGAGAUGAAGAAUGGGGAAGACAGGGAGGUAUAGGAUGGUAAUGAAGAAAAAAAAAGAGAGAGAGAAGGACCGAAAAAAAAUAAAAUAUCAAGAUAUAAGGGGACAGCCAUAGGGAGAGGGAGUGUCUUCAAAUGCUGCCUGGAAAAGCAUCCAGAAUCCUUUUACUUAAAUAUCCUUAAUCUUGUCAAAAGUAUUUAUUUCCGUUUCAUUUUUCUUUUGUUUUGUUGAAAUGUUACCAUAAACAUUAAGAUCUUUUGCGCUCAGUGAUAUGAAGUGGUACAUUUCAAAGUUCCAUAAAUGGUUCUCAUUUAUCUGUGGUCCUACAAGUACAGUUUGCACGUUUAAGAGAGUAAACGGAUGGAGAACUGGAUGGAUGUGCACAUACAAGUACACACAUCAAAUAUAUCAAUGCAUUCUUGCCCGUCUCGCACAAAGAAUGGGAUUAGAGAAUCAGUUUGAAGGCACAAUUUAUAUUGGCACAAAGUAGUUAUCCAACUACUUUUUGGAUCGCUAAAUGUUUAAACCACUAUUUGUUUUCAAAUAUGCUGCACCUUGACUCCCAUUCACAAAAAGGUCAAACUGUAAAUGUCAAAAGUAAAACUGUAAAUAAUUUGUUCGCAAUGACACUGAAAACAUCCUGCUGUUACGUUAAGUACUUUAGCACUGCAUCGCUAAAAUCAGCUCAGCUGGUAACAUACCUCAGCCAACCGUCUAUGCCACAUAAAGACAAGCUAAGUAACAAAAUAGAACUGUGCUAUCUCAUGAUACAUAAAAUAUUAUACGAUUUUUGUAGCGGGUAAUGUGUAAGAAUUCCCUAUUCUUUAAUUAUCAUAUUUAUUUUUUAGAUAUGUUACCAUUCAAACCUUUUAAAAACAACAGGUGUGAAGAAAGACAAAAUCAUAUUUUGAAUUAUGUAUGCUACUAUAAUUUCUACUGUGUAUAUAUAUAUAUAUUCCACUUAUAUUAUUUUUGUUUAUUUUUUUCCUUAUUUCAAGGUUUUAUACUGUUACAAUUAAGGAGAUUUUAGACCAGUUUUGGUAGUUGCGGGAAAUAUAUGCUCUACCAAGCAUAUAAAAAUGAUCAAAUAUUCAAAAAUGAUUUCACUAUGACAAGACACUACAUCCAUAAUCAUGUCAAGGUAUAUCAUGUAUGUUAUAUAUAAAAAAAAAAGUCAUUUUCAAAAAUAUCUUUCAUGCUCCCAUUUGUUUAUCCUGAAAAAUCAGUGAAUAAAUUAGGAUUUCAAUCUUUUACAUCUUUUUAUGAGGGGAAAUGGGAGCAGAUUUGUAUCAUAAACGGCACUGUAUCCUAAAUAAGUAAUAUCUAAAGUAUUGAAUUUUGAGCCCUCUUUCAGUAAUUUUUUUUUAUUUUUAUUAUUCAUACAUAUCCAUAGAUGAUUUAGACCCGUUUAAUUUUUUUCUCUUUUUGUAAAAUUAAUAGCCAAAGAUUCUGAUUAUCUUCAAGUUUAAUUGCAAUAUUCUUUGACAGUGUUCACUAAUUACAUUAUGUAACAGAAUAUGCCAGUCUCUUCAGUCGAGUCAUAGACGUAAGUAGAGCUCUAUGGAUGAUGCCAAUAAUAAUAACUUUAUGUGCCAGAACAGCCAAAAUCCCCAAAUGGGCACACAUAAAAACACAAACAUAGACUAACCAACUUCGCCCACAUUCACAUACAUGAUCUCUGGAGAGGCAGUGUUGGAAGCCCUAUGAUGGGCCUGGAUUUUGGUGAAUCUCAUAUCAGAAUCCAGCUACUUGAUUCAGCCUCACUGAUAAAGCCGAGGCAUAUCGGAAGAAAAAUAUGUUUUAUUAUCAGAAUAUCAGGUCAAUAUAUGAUUCAGUGGCACAAUUGUGCUAUAUAGAGAGAGGUGAACAUGUAAGGAUGAUAUUUUUUUGGUCCCCGAACUGUAAAGAAGCCAAAAAGAGUUUCAUGACUUUAGUUCAAAAUAUGGCCAGGCUCACAUAAAAUGAUAUUACUAGGCCUAGAAUGAAAGUGGUUUGACAGAUACCUAAAUUUGCCUGAUUUGGAAACUGUAUACAAAUGUGUGGCUUUGAACCAAUGCAAAGUGUUGCUGUUUCUUUUUUCGUGUAUUCCUGUUUUUAUUUUUUAUCAAGAACAAAUCUAUGCUUAAAUGACCAUUUGCCUUGUAAUGUUGUGCUUUACUGUUUGUUGGAUACAGUAACUUCAGUACUGUGGUGUUUACAUAGUAAUCAUAUUGUAGAAUAACUCAUUGCAGUUGCCUAAAAAUGCCAAUCAAAGACUAACUAUUAAUCACAAAUUAAAUAUGAAAUAACCAGGCAUAGUGGAAGGUGUUUCAUGUCAUUUUGUGUUACGGCAGUGUAAAUCGUCAUGAUACUGUUACCUUACACUGCUACAUGUAGUACACAACUUUACAUGGUGGAUAUGAUUAAAAUAAUAAUACAAAUAAUAGAUAUAUAAAUUUCAUUAAACUAUAUUUUUCUACAUAUAUGAGUUCUACCUGGGUUGUGACUUCUCAAAUGGAGAGUGAACUGGGCUUAAAACAGUCCUGAGCAACGAAUAUGCUGUAAAAGUCAUUAUUACAAGAAUGCUCAGUGCUAAAUGCCACCAACCAUUUUCUUGAGGAUGAUGAUUUUAUUGUAAAAAAAAAAAAAAAAAAAAGACAUUAUGUAAGAACAGUUCAGGCAGGGGUUGGUUCCAUAUAUCCACUGUUAUUUCUUGCCCAGGGAUGUCUCUCUCUUGUGUUAGAGUGAGAGUGGUUGUGAGUUGUUCAGUUUCAACAACUUUUCAUGAUUAUGUUUGAAAAGGAUAAAUAACUUUGUAAUUUAGUUUCCCUGAAAUGCAAUAUUGAGCUGUGGUCAAUCAGACCUGCACCAGCAAUGGAGAUACCAAUUUUUAGACAGAUAGGGGCACAGCUAGAAUCAAUAAAGGUUUUUACUAACCGGCA